AGCAUCUGGACGAUUCGACCAAUCAGCGCGUCUGAUUUGGACAGACACGCCCACCCCUUUUCCUGCUUUUCCACACCCACUGCCAACACACCCAAGACGUGAGGAUCACUCCCACAUCUGCAGCCUCCACCGACGCUUCUUCUCAUUCAUCUCUCCAAAUAGCCAUCAUGGUGUCCCAUAAGGAGUUUGUAGGUGCAGGGAAACAGCCGGGCUUGCAGGUGUGGCGUAUCGAGGACAUGGACCUGAAGCCCGUUCCCAAGGCCCUGCAUGGCAACUUCUACACGGGAGAUGCGUACUUGCUGCUCUUCACCACUGCGGCCCCUUCCUACAACAUCCACAUGUGGCUGGGUGACGAGUGCUCGCAGGACGAGAGCGGCACGGCGGCCAUCUUUGCCACGCAGCUGGACGACUUCCUGGGUGGUGGACCGGUGCAGUUCAGGGAGCUGCAGCGUUCCGAGUCCAACACUUUCCUGGGCUACUUCAAGUCCGGCAUCAAGUACCAGGACGCCAUGUUACCAGACGCUUCUGCCUCGCAGAAAGGCGGCGUGGCGUCUGGUUUCCAACAUGUGGUGACCAACGACAUGAAUGUGAAACGACUGCUUCACAUCAAAGGUCGCAGGGCCAUCAGAGCCACGGAGGUGGACAUGUCCUGGUCCAGCUUCAACAAGGGAGACUGCUUCAUCGUUGACCUGGGAAAGGACAUCUACCAAUGGUGUGGCAGCGAGUGUAACCGCUUCGAGAGGCUGAAAGCCUCCCAGGUGGCCAUCGACAUCAGAGACAACGAGCGAAACGGGCGCGCCAAGCUGUACAUGGUGGAGGAGGGCGAAGAGCCUGCAGCCAUCAUAGAGGUGCUGGGGCCCAAAACGGCAAUUGCACCGAGUACUCCUGACGAUGACAAAGUGGACUCCUCCAAUCGGAAGAAGGCUGCCCUCUACAUGAUUUCGGACGCAUGUGGUCCCAUGAAGCUGUCUAGCGUGGCCCCAUCCAGUCCCUUCAAACAGGCCAUGUUGUCUCUGGAUGAGUGCUACAUUCUGGACAAUGGCGUGGACAGUAACAUCUUUGUUUGGAAAGGUCCAAAGGCCAACCCAUCAGAACGUAAAGCCGCCAUGUCUGCCGGUCAGAAGUUCAUUACGGACAAAGGAUACAGCAAAAAGACGAAGAUCCAAGUACUUCCUGCUGGAGCUGAGACAACCUUGUUCAAGCAGUUCUUCAUUGACUGGAAGGACAAAGACGAGACCACCGGUCCGACGAAGGCCUUCACUAUUGGUCAUAUCGCUCGAGUGGAACAGGUGCCGUUUGACGCGGCCAGCCUGCACGCCAAUAAAGCCAUGGCGGCUCAGCACAACAUGGUGGAUGACGGCAGCGGCAAAGUGGAGAUCUGGCGUGUGGAGAAUGGAGAAAAGGUUCCCGUGGAUCCUUCAGGUCACGGUCACUUCUAUGGCGGCGACUGUUACCUCAUCCUCUACAGCUACAAAAAUGGACACAUCAUCUAUACUUGGCAGGGGCUGAAGGCUACACAAGAUGAACUUGCCGCUUCAGCGUUCCUCACUGUCAAGCUGGAUGACUCAAUGGGUGGAUCCCCAGUUCAGGUGAGGGUAACUCAGGGUCAGGAGCCCCCCCACCUGAUGAGCGUGUUCAAAGGCAAACCUAUGAUCAUCCACAGCGGGGGAACGUCACGUAAAGGUGGACAGACUCAAACCGGAGCUACUCGCCUCUUCCACAUCCGGCAGAGCUCCUCCCACAACACCCGCGCGGUGGAGGUUGACGUGUCUGCUACCAACCUGAACACCAAUGACGUGUUCGUGCUGAAGUCGCCCGGCGGGCUGUUUGUGUGGCGAGGUGUGGGCGCCAGUGAUGAUGAAAUGCAGGCCGCCAAGCAUGUGGUGAGCUUCCUCGGGGGAAACGCCAGCUCUGUUUCAGAGGGAAAAGAGCCAGCUGCUUUCUGGUCCGCCCUGGGUGGUAAGAAGGAAUACCAGACCUCCAAGGCUCUGCAGAAAGUGAUCAAAGCUCCACGUCUCUUUGGCUGCUCCAACAAAACCGGAAGACUCAUCGUUGAAGAAGUACCCGGAGAUUUUACCCAAUCUGACCUGGCCACUGAUGACGUCAUGAUUCUGGAUACCUGGGGCCAACUCUUUCUUUGGGUUGGCAACGAGGCGAAUGCGCAGGAAAGGGCUGGCGCUCCCAAAAUAGCGAGAGAAUACCUGGAUUUGGACCCAGCCGGCCGUAAGGGGCUGCCCAUCACCACCAUCAAACAGGGAGCAGAGCCGCCAACCUUUACCGGCUGGUUCCAUGCUUGGGACCCCAAGAUGUGGGAGACAGAUCCGUUGGAGAGAAUCCGGGCCCGUUUCUGAGCACCAAACUCCUCUGAAUCUUUGGCUAGCUUUGCACCUAUUUAGCACCUGUUGCCGUUAUUUUCUUACCUGAUUCCCUAAGUGCCAAAAAGCAAGCUUGCAAAUAGACUGGAAGACUGAUACCAUGCCCUGGUGGACCGGGGGGAGGGGGGGGGGGUGCAGUGGUUUAGGAAAGGAUGCUGUCCCUCUUUAUCUUUUACUCCUCAGACUUGUCAGCUUCAUUCUCUCAGCUUAAAAGUAGGAAACCGUAUAUGCACCACAAAUAUAUCGUCAUGCUCUUCUCCCAUGCGGCCAUUUUAUGUUAGUUUUGUUUUGUUUUCAGUACUGGAUUGCUGUACUUGCUAGAACUUGCACGCAGCAUUUGUGUGUUUUUUUAAUCCUGCUGUGAAAGUUAUAUGCAUGCACAUCAUUUAGCAGUGUUCAAAGAAUGCUUUCGUGAUGACUUUUAAAUAAAACUCAAGAGUUUGAAA